AUGCACUUCAAGCAGUUUACGACCAUUUUGGUCGCUCUGUCCUUCAGUGCCGUCUUUGCCAACCCCAUUCCAGACUCUGGCAUAGAUGUAUGUGUACCACCUCCUCACUCGUCGCCCGUGGGGAGCAGAUUGACCAGGCAAGCCAAGCUCAGCAGGCUGAUCAAGCCCAUCAAGCCGGUCAAGCUCAUCAAGCCGAUCAAGCUCAUCAAGCCGGCCAAGGUCAACAAACCAGUCAAGGUCAACAGGUUGAUCAAGCUCACCAAGUCGACCAAGCCCAUCAAGGCGACCAAGCCCACCAAGCCGCCCAGGCACCAAACGCUCAUCAAGACGACCAAGCCAAGGAGGGCAAGCAGUACUGGUGCGGUCCUCCAGGCAAUCAAUACUGGUGUCCCGACCAAAACCCUCAGCCUUGCUGUGACCCCAACGACCCGUACGGCGGUUGCUACUACCCCCCACAUCCUCGUCCAAACCCGUGGUGCGACCCCAACGAUCCAUAUGGUGGCUGCUACCAGCCGUACUAUCCGCCAAGCCCCGGGCCUCGUCCUCGUCCAGGUCCCACCGGCGUGGAAUGGUAUGGCCGGCCUUGUGGUAUUGGACAGAUUUGCUCCAAUUGCAAUGGUAUUGGGGGCACUUGCUAUGCGGGACCUCAACCAGGCUGCUCUUGCUACUAAGUAA